AUGGGAAACGUCUGUUUAGAGUGCUUUGCAGCCCCGCCUGAGGCGAAAACGAUAAAAAGGAAGAGAGCCGCCGCCCUCCACCCCGACGCGAGGUCUUUUGCCAGAUGCGCGGACGCGAUCAACACAGAGGGUGACUCGGGCUGCCUCGCAGGUCCCCGCGGCGCGAUGUCUGACGACGUGCUCUCUGUGCUGCUGCGAGGCGUGCGCCUCCCGCGGAACCCGCAGCCUGACGCGGCUGCCUCGUCUUCCUCGACUGCGUCGACCGCCUCCUGCGGAAUCUCCGCGCCAGUCUUCCAGCUGCCUGCCGGCCUCUCUCGCCGCCCAGCCCGCGGCAAGGCGGAACCAAGGGCUAGCGGGGACGCCGCCGCCGAGCGCGCUGACGUGCCUGUCGACUUUUUUUCGGUUUACGGGGAGGCCUCCGCAGGCUCACGCCGCGCCGCGAAGCCCCGCAAGGCCGCAGAGGCGGCCCUCAGCGCCACCUCGGCGGGGGAGCCCGGCGCGUCCGACGAAGAGGCCCCCGCGGGGGACACGGGCCCGACGAAGCCGACCACGGGCGUGGCUCUGAGGCGGAAAAACCGAAUUUACGUCAAGGCUGGCGCGGACGUCCUCAUCCCGCCGCCGUUCGCCUCCUUCGCGGACGCCCUCGCGCCGCUCACCAGUUGCACUGCGGCGGCGGAACCCGUGCAGCAGAGCACGCAGAAGACGUGCAAACGCGCGCGAGACGCAGAACAAGCCCAACAGGCGCCUGCAGAGUCCAUCGAACAGGCUGUGCUGUCGCUCCCGACCUGGCUCCGCGAGAGCCUGAAGCGCCGAGGCGUCGAGAAGCCUACCCCCAUCCAAAUGCAGGCAAGGCACUCUCGCUGCGCACAGCGCGCUUUUUCAACCGCGAUUCCGCUGCUGCUCGGGCGGCAGCACCUGCUGGCCACCGCGCCCACAGGCUCGGGGAAGACCUUCGCGUUUCUGCUCCCUCUCAUCGCGCUGCUCAAGAAGCCCGGGAAGGAGUUCGCCCGCCUGCUGGUGAUUUGUCCUUCGCGAGAGCUCGCGCGACAGACGCAGCGCGAGUUCGACUCGCUUGCAGGCGCGCGAGGCUUUCGGUGUCGGCUGCUAGACGAGCAGAAGCUGAGGCAAGAUCAAACUUCGAGUGUCAAGCGCCUGGAUGCCGCUAUCACGACGCCUCUCCGGCUGGUUCAGUUCCUCCGCGACGGCCGCGUUUCCCUAGCUCAGUGUCGCCACGUCGUGCUGGACGAAGCAGACAAGCUCUUGGACCUCGGGUUCGCGCCGCAGCUGGAUGAAAUUCUCGCGAGCUGCACUUGUCCGCGCCUCCAAGUCUGUCUCUUCUCGGCCACGCUUCCGCCGGAGGUGCUUCGCCUCGCCGACUCGCUGCUGCACAACCCGAUCCACAUCUCCAUCGGGGCGCCGAACGCGGCGGCUUCUUCAAUCGAGCAAGAGUUGCUUUUCUGUACAAAUGAAGAAGGAAAACUCCUCGCCCUGCGCACGCUUCACUUGACUGGCAAGUUCAUUCCACCCGUCUUGAUCUUUGUUCAGAGCAAGGAACGCGCCAAACACCUCUACUGCGAACUGGUCUACGAUGGCAUUUUCGUCGAGUGCAUCCACGCGGACAAGACAAAAAAGCAACGAGACGACAUUGUCGAGGCAUUCCGUCGGGGGCAGAUCUGGGUCUUGAUUUGCACCGACGUCAUGGCCAGAGGAGUGGAUUUCAAGAACGUCGAACUCGUGAUCAAUUACGACUUCCCUCAGUCAGCUGCGGUAUACAUUCACCGCAUCGGUCGCACGGGACGUGCCGGACGGCGCGGGCGGGCCAUCACUUUCUACACGACUGCUGAUAUUCCGCACCUCCGCAGCGUCGUCGGCGUCAUGCAGCAGACUUCCACGUGCCAAGUCCCAGAGUGGCUCCAGAAAAUGGGCAAAAUGACUGCCAAACAAAAGCGCGACCUGCAGCGGCGCGCACCGGAAAGAAAGCCAAUCCUCACGACUCCAGCGAUCGAUGUGCGGAGAGAGAAGCAGCGACAACAGGCAAUCGAAGCCAGCAAGGCGAAGAAAAAACGCAAGCUUGAAGCAUCUCGCGUAUCCGGCUCGUCGCCAUGA